CUUCACUCUAACAAGUCUGGGCAAAACAACUGCGUAAUACAAUUGUCUGUUAUUGUCAGGUCCAAUAAUUAACAUUAUUUGACUACGCGUAAUUAUGAGUUAAAGAAUCAGUCUUAGUCUAGUAAUGCACUUUCACUUUUUACAAUGAAUUCAAAAACAACUCCAAGGGACGAUCCAUUAGAUGACGGGUGUGAUAUAAGCGAUGCACAACUCCUCAGGAUACAGUCGGAGCGUCUCGCCCCGUCUGACCAACCUAGUUUGACUCCCCCUGCUGGUACCAGUUUGACUCCUGCUGGUACCAGUCUGACUCCUGCUAGUACCAGUUUGACUCCUGCUGGUACCAGUCUGACUACCGCUGGUGGUACCAGUCUGACUCCCGCUGGUGGUACCAGUCUGACUCCUGCGUAUGGUACCAAUGUGACUCCUGCUAGUGGUACCAGUACCAGUUUGAGCGCUGGUGCUGAUCAACACAGUCCGACACUGGGUGUGUGUGUGGUCGAUGAUGGCCAGUCCCUUGCCAAGAAGGAGGAGAGAAUCGAUGGCCAAAUUAAGAAACGGGGUCACGUGGUCGUGGCCACGUUCGAAAGGCUGAGCAACAAUAGGAGCAUUGUUGCCCUGUCUAUCCCAGACCAGAGUCCAAUGGAGAGGUUCAGUAAGCAUCACCUGAAUGUUACUCAGCUGUGUGAGCAGUCAUGGUGUGAAAUUAAAGUGGUCUAUGGGUUCCUCAAGCCUCAUAUGAAGAGGAGAGAGAUGAGAAGGACUGCAGUGAUGACCGGGGCCAGUAUUCAUCUUGCUAGAGAACUGGAGGCAAACCCAGAUGCUGUGACUGUGGUUGUUCAUACCAGAGAGGACAGGGAAGCCUUGAAACUCAUCAACCUGAUACAGAUGGUCCCAGCUCUGGAGGCAGGCCAGCUUGUGCGGGAGUUUCCAGUGUUAGGUGUGUUGGAUGGGGUGUUUUUCCUGGGUGUGGUUGAUGAGCUGUAUUGUAGUAAGUCUGGGGAACUGGUCCUGAGUGAACUGAAGACCCGCAGUCACAACUCCCUGCCGCAUCCUGCCCAGGCCAAGGGACACUCUCUACAGGUGGGUGUGUAUAAGCUGCUGUUUGACUCCAUGGUUCAGGGUUCUAUGAAGCGGGAUCAGCUCCUCCACUACCUCAAGCUCCGGCCCCACCAGGCCUUUGGGUCAGAGCUCCAGAGCUAUGCCCAGAAAUUGGGCCUCCUGGCAGUCACCUUCGGAGAGCUUGUGGACCACCUGUUGGUUGUGCUACAUUUCUGUAACCUCCAGCCCAUUGACAAGCUAUGCCUGGAAUACAGACAUCAGAGCUCCGGAGUCCUCAUAGGAAACAGGGAGGUAGAGUUUAAGGAGACCCAGCUAAGGGCUGAGCUCAGGGACUACCUGGCCUUCUGGAGGGGGGAGAGGGAGCCCCAUGGAGUGGAUAUUGAGGAUAUAGAAGAGGCUUGGAAGUGUAGGAUGUGCCCCUAUGAGGAGAGCUGUGAAUGGAAGAGGAGUAGGUUGCAAGAGGUGAUGGUUGAUGGCAGUAAGAAAGCCAAAUUGGAUGGUUCUAAAUCAGAGUCUCCCAAUUCAAGUCGGAGGGUCCCAAAUUGAAGUUUGUCAGGUCUGAGAAUCCAAAAUGGGAGAGUCCAGGGUUGGAUAGUCCAACAGUGGAUAGCCUGACAUCGGUAUGACUUCCGUCAUAAUUUUAGGGGUUUACAAUAGGGUUGAAUAGAGGGGAGUGGCCUCCCGAGUGGCGCAGUGUUCUAAGGCACUGCAUCGCAGUUCUAGCUGUGCCACUAGAGAUUCUGGGUUCGAGUCCAGGCUCUGUCGCAGCCGGCCGUGACCAGGAGACCCAUGCGGCGGCGCACAAUUGGCCUAGCUCAGCGCUGUCCGGAUUAGGGGAGGGUUUGGCCGGCAGGGAUAUCCUUGUCCCAUCGCGCACUAGUGACUCGUGUGGCAGGGUGGGCGCAGUGCACGCUGACACGGUCGCCAGAGGUACUGUGUUUCCUCCAACACAUUGGUGUAGCUGGCUUCCGGGUUAAGUGGGCAUUGUGUCAAGAAGCAGUGCGGCUUGGUUGGGCUGUGUUUCGGAGGACCCACAGCUCUCGAUCUUCGCCUCUCCCGAGUCCAUACGGGAGUUGCAGCAACGAGAAAAAACUGUAACUACCAACUGGAUACCACGAAAUUGGGGCAAAAAAGGGGUACAUUUUUUUAUACAUUUUGAAUAGCGGGAACCGGGUUACAGAGAUCUACUGAGAUUUCCCUCCCAAACCCACUCCCUUUUCCCGGGAUAAAUAACUGAGAAACUGGUAAAUUAUAAUACAUUAUUUCAGCAUGACAUAAAAUGGAACUGUUAAAUUAUACAGUUGAAGUCAGAAGUUUACGUACACUUAGGUUGGAGUCAUUAAAACUCAUUUUUCAACCACUCCACAAAUUUCUUGUUAACAAACUAUAGUUUUGGCAAGUCGGUUAGGACAUCUACUGUGUGCAUUACACAAGUAAUUUUUCCAACAAUUGUUUACAGACAGAUUAUUUCACUUAUAAUU